AUGGAUCACCAACACAACAUUCUUAUUCUUUACGCGACCGAGACGGGUUCCGCACAACAUGUUGCUGACCAAAUUGCUCUGCAAUGCCGAAGAAUACACAUACGACAUCGAGUCCUCAGCACAGACUCGUAUUCGUUGUCUGAACUCAUUUCUGAGACGAUCGUACUAUUCGUUGUGGCUACUACAGGCUCUGGCGCUGAACCUCGCACAAUGUCGUCAAUGUGGAAUGCCCUCUUGCGCUCUGAUCUCCCCACCAAUCUCUUCGAGGAUCUCUGCUUCGCUGUCUUUGGUCUAGGUGACUCUGCGUACGAAAAAUUCUGUUGGCCCGCCAAAAAACUCUCGAGGAGGCUCCAGAGUCUUGGUGCUCAAGAGCUCCUGGCCCGUGGGGAAGGGGAUGAUCAACACCUGUUUGGAGUGGAUGGGGCAUUGGAGCCUUGGUUAGAGGCCCUCUUGGAUGUUCUGCUGCAAACCUGUCCCUUGCCACCCAACGUGAGCAUUGUAGCCGAAACGGCCGUCCCAGCACCUCGGGUUUCACUUCGACCAUGCUUGACCCGCCAUGCCUAUUCUCCGCAAACUUCACCGCCAUCUGCAACUGUGAAAUCCAACCACCGGAUUACGUCAAAAGACUGGAAUCAAGAUGUCCGACACCUAGAGUUUGAAUUUCACGAUGAUAUUCACUAUCGUCCGGGGGAUAUUGCUGUCAUAAGACCGAAGGCCCCGGUUUCCGAGGUCAAUGCAUUUCUCGAUCGCAUGGGCUGGCUUAGUGACGCGGACGUCCCAUUCCAAAUCGAACAUCACAUGGAAAGCUUAUCGCUUCCGUCUGAUCUACCCCAGAUCAUUACACUUCGUGAGCUUUUCACCGAGUACUUGGACUUGAAUGCGGUGCCCCGACGUUCUUUCUUUCGAUACCUACGCCAUUUCACUCAGGACGAACUAGAAAGAGAGAAGCUUGAAGAGUUUUUAACGUCAGAAGGCGCUGAUGAACUAUAUGAAUACUGCUUUCGAGUGCGACGGACUAUCGCCGAAGUGCUCGCCGACUUCCGACAUGUGACCAUUCCCCGCAAUUACAUGUUCGAUGUUUUCCCACCCUUGAGGCCACGUCGUUUUUCCAUAGCGAGUUCUGUCAAGGCUUACCCUCGUCAAAUCCAUCUCUGCGUGGCUGUUGUAAAAUACCGCACAAAGCUCAAGGUCCCUCGCAGAGGGAUAUGCUCAACAUAUCUGGCUAGUUUGACGAGUGGCGAUCGCCUCCAAAUCGCGAUCCAACCAGGGUUAUUGAAGCUUCCUGUUAGUGAAGCCCCUAUCAUCUGCAUCGGCCCUGGAACUGGUGUUGCCCCAAUGCGAUCUAUCAUCCAAGAACGAGAGUGUUCUGCCAUAACCAAUAAUACGCUUUACUUUGGCUGUCGAUCAGCUCUGCAUGACCAGCAUUACGGAGGAGAAUGGGCCGCGUGUGUUGCGCGAGGAACUCUGACCUACCGAACUGCUUUCUCCCGUGAUGGGCCCGAGGGCACAGCACGGGUCUACGUGCAACAUAUCCUCCAAGAGGAUUCCGAAGAAAUUUGGAGAUUACUCUGUGCGGGGGCAACAGUGUUUAUUUCUGGAUCAUCCAACAAAAUGCCAGCGGCUGUAAAACAAACUUUGGUCGCGACGGCAGAAAAACACGCCGGCUUGUCUGCGCAAGACGCCAACGAGUUCAUCUCGCGGAUGGAAACAGAAGGAAAGCUUAUAGAAGAAUGCUGGAGUUGA